AUGGCGCCCGACGCAAAGCCCGAGUCUCCCGGGACGUUGGCAUCGUCCAACUCGACGCUGCCCGCCAACAAUACUGCCCACGAUGGCACCCGGAGGCGCGACGCGGAGAAGGAGGACCGCGCAGGGGAAGUAGAAGAGGAAUCUCCUGGCCACACGCCCUCGGACGAGUCCGCCGAAUACGCACCCAUAAAGACAAACACGCAGACGGGAAAGCCGCCAAAGCUCGAGCGGCGCAAGACCAUUCAGUCGGAAGAUGACCUCUUCAGGGUGCUCUCGCAGCGGCGCGCGAGCCGCACCAACACGGGCCUCUCGACCGCCGAGCAGGAGGAGGAGUCGCAGGAGAUUGAGCGGCUCAUGUCGCGGCUCUUUGGGCGCGCCCGCCAGGAGCACAGCGAAGAGGAGAAGACGCGCCACAGCGGCGUCGUCUUCCGCGACCUGACGGUCAAGGGCGUUGGCCUGGGCGCCAGCCUGCAGCCCACCGUCGGCGACAUCUUCCUCGGCCUGCCGCGCAUGCUGCGUAACCUCUUCACCAAGGGGGCCAAGGCUGCCGCGGCGAAGCCCCCCGUGCGGGAGCUCAUCAGCCACUUCGACGGCUGCGUGCGCCCCGGCGAGCUGCUGCUGGUGCUGGGUCGUCCCGGCUCCGGGUGCACGACGUUCCUCAAGGCGUUUUGCAACCAGCGGGCGGGCUUCGAGGCCGUGGAGGGCGACGUCAAGUACGGAGGCACCGAUGCCGCCGUCAUGGGGAAGCACUUCCGCGGCGAGGUCAUCUACAACCCCGAGGAUGACCUGCACUACGCGACGCUCACGGUGCGGCGGACGCUCAAGUUUGCGCUGCAGACGCGGACGCCCGGCAAGGAGUCGCGGCUCGAGGGCGAGACGCGCAAGGACUACGUGCGCGAGUUCCUGCGCACCGUCACCAAGCUCUUCUGGAUCGAGCACACGCUGGGCACCAAGGUGGGCAACGAGUUCAUCCGCGGCGUGUCGGGCGGCGAGCGCAAGCGCGUGAGCAUCGCCGAGGCCAUGAUCACGCGCGCCUCGGUCCAGGGCUGGGACAACUCGAGCAAGGGGCUCGACGCCAGCACCGCCCUCGAGUACGUCCGUUCCAUCCGCACCAUGACCAACAUGGCCGACGUGUCGACCGCCGUGUCGCUCUACCAGGCCGGCGAGUCGCUGUACGACCUCGUCGACAAGGUGCUGCUCAUCGACGGCGGCAAGUGUCUGUACUUUGGCCCCGCCGACGACGCGAAGCGGUACUUCAUGGACCUCGGGUUCGAGUGCCCGGAGCGGUGGACGACGGCCGACUUCCUGACAUCGGUGAGCGACGAGCACGAGCGGAGCAUCCGUGAAGGCUGGGAGGACCGCAUCCCCCGCACUCCGGCCGCCUUCUUCGAUGCCUACCGCAAGAGCGACAUCUACAGCAAGAACAUUGCCGACGUGGAGGAGUUUGAGAAGGAGGCCGCGGAGCAGGCGCGCGUGCGCGAGGAGCGGCAGUCCAAGAGGACAGAGGAGAAGAACUAUACGCUGCCCUUCCACCAGCAGGUCAUUGCCUGCACCAAACGCCAGUUCCUCGUCAUGCUGGGCGACCGCGCCUCGCUCUUUGGCAAAUGGGGCGGUCUCGUCUUCCAGGGCCUCAUCGUUGGUAGUCUGUUCUUCGACCAGCCGCAGACGGUCGCGGGAGCAUUCCCCCGAGGCGGUACGCUCUUCUUCCUGCUGCUCUUUAACGCGCUGCUUGCUCUGGCCGAGAUGACGGCCGCCUUCUCGUCCAAGCCCAUCCUGCUCAAGCACAAGUCGUUUUCCUUCUACCGGCCUUCUGCAUUCGCGGUGGCCCAAACCGUUGUCGACGUGCCGCUCGUCUUCACUCAAGUCGUCAUCUUCACCCUCAUCAUCUACUUUAUGGCGAACCUGGCCCGGACGGCGUCGCAAUUCUUCAUUACCGUCUUGAUCCUGUGGCUCGUCACCAUGACGACGUAUGCUUUCUUCCGCGCCAUCUCAGCCUUUUGCCGGACCAUCGACGUGGCGACGCGCUUCACAGGCAUAUCCGUCCAGAUCCUCAUCGUGUACACUGGCUAUCUGAUCCCGCCCAAGUCGAUGCACCCCUGGUUCAGCUGGCUGCGCUGGAUUAACUGGAUCCAGUACGGCUUCGAGUGUCUCAUGUCCAACGAGUUUGCCGGCCUGAGUCUCGAAUGUGUUCCUCCCUAUCUGGUGCCGCAGGUGCCCGGCGCCGAGCCGCGCUACCAGUCCUGCGCGCUUCAGGGAAGCGAGCCCGGGCAGACAACCGUCGAUGGAUCGCGAUACAUACAGGACGCCUUUUCGUACAGUCGCUCGCAUCUCUGGCGCAACUUUGGCUUCCUGUGGGCCUUCUUCAUCUUUUUCGUCUUUCUUACGGCGCUCGGCAUGGAGCUCAUGAAGCCCAACGCCGGCGGCGGCGCCAUCACCAUGUUCAAGAGGGGCCAGGUUCCCAAGAAGGUCGAGUCAGCCAUCGACACCGGAGGCCGCGACCAGAAGAACGACGAGGAGCAUGGGCCGAUUGCUCACGUCACACCUGCCAUGGCGGAAAGGGAAGCCAAUAAGGAGGAGAGCAGUAAUGACGACGGUCAUGCUAUGAAGCGCAUCGCCAAGAACGAGACCGUCUUUACCUUUCGCAACAUCAACUACAUCAUCCCGUAUGAGAAGGGAGAGCGCCAGCUGCUGCAGGACGUCCAGGGCUACGUGCGACCCGGUAAACUGACGGCGCUGAUGGGCGCAUCCGGCGCGGGCAAGACAACGCUGCUCAACGCGCUGGCUCAGCGCAUCAACUUUGGCACCAUCACGGGCGAUUUCCUCGUCGACGGGCGCCCGCUGCCCAAAUCGUUCCAGCGCGCGACGGGCUUCGCCGAGCAGAUGGACGUGCACGAGCCGACGGCCACUGUGCGCGAGGCACUGCAAUUCUCUGCGCUGCUGCGGCAGCCGCGCGAGGUGGCGCGCGAGGAGAAGCUGGCCUAUUGCGAAACCAUCAUCGAUCUGCUGGAGAUGCGCGACAUUGCGGGAGCGACCAUUGGCACGAUCGGCGAGGGCCUCAACCAGGAGCAGCGCAAGCGGCUGACCAUUGGCGUCGAGCUGGCAUCCAAGCCGGAGCUUCUCAUGUUUCUCGACGAGCCGACGUCCGGGCUCGACUCCGGCGCUGCCUUUAACAUCGUGCGCUUCCUGCGCAAGCUGGCCGACGCCGGGCAGGCGGUGCUCUGCACGAUCCAUCAGCCGUCGGCCGUCCUGUUCGAGCACUUCGACGAGCUGCUGCUGCUCAAGUCGGGUGGUCGCGUCGUCUACCACGGCGAGCUGGGCAAGGAUAGCCAGACACUGCUGCGGUACUUUGAGUCGCACGGCGCGCAUCGCUGCCCGCCUGAUGCGAACCCGGCCGAGUACAUGCUCGAGGCCAUCGGGGCGGGCGACCCCAACUACCACGGCAAGGACUGGGCCGACGAGUGGGCGGCGUCCAAGGAGCACGAGACGCGCGGGCGCGAGAUUGACGACAUGGUGUCGCAGCGGUCGCACGUCGAGCCGUCGCAGAGCCUCCGCGACGACCGCGAGUACGCGGCGCCGCUGUCGACGCAGGUGUCGGCGGUGAUGAAGCGCGCGUUCGUGGCGUACUGGCGCUCGCCCAGCUACAUCGUGGGCAAGUUCAUGCUGCACAUCCUGACGGGCCUCUUCAACUGCUUCACCUUCUGGCGGCUCGGGUACUCGACCAUCGACUACCAGAACCGGCUCUUCUCCAUCUUCAUGACGCUGACCAUCUCGCCGCCGCUGAUCCAGCAGCUGCAGCCCGUCUUCCUCAACUCGCGCAACAUCUUCCAGUCGCGCGAGAACAGCGCCAAGAUCUACUCGUGGUUCGCCUGGGUCACGGCCGCCGUCGUCGUCGAGAUCCCCUACGCCAUCGUCGCGGGCGGCAUCUACUUCAACUGCUGGUGGUGGGGCAUCUUCGGCACGAGGGUCUCGGGCUUCACGUCGGGCUUCUCGUUCCUGCUGGUGCUGCUGUUCGAGCUGUACUACGUCAGCUUCGGCCAGGCCAUUGCCGCGUUUGCGCCCAACGAGCUGCUGGCGUCGCUGCUCGUGCCCAUCUUCUUCCUCUUCGUCGUCAGCUUCUGCGGCGUCGUCGUGCCGCCCAUGCAGCUGCCGACCUUUUGGAGGAGCUGGAUGUACUGGCUGUCGCCCUUCCACUAUCUUCUCGAGGCCUUUCUCGGCGCCGCCAUCCACGACCAGCCUGUGAUUUGUUCGGACGACGAGUACGCUCGCUUCAGCGCGCCGCCUGGCCGCACCUGCGAGGAAUACGCGGGCUCAUACGUCGCGCAGGCGGGCGGCUACCUUCGCACCGCCACCGACGGCCAAUGCGAGUAUUGUCAGUACGCGACCGGCGACCAGUUCGGUGCGGGGUUCAGCGUAUACUACAGCCACAUUUGGCGCGACUUUGGCAUCUUUUGCGGCUUCAUCGCUUUCAACUAUGCCAUCAUUUAUGUAGCAACGUGGCUGCGGUUCCGAGCCAAGAACCCGCUCAAGCCGCUGCUGCGCAAGAUCCAAAAGCCAAAGGAGUAG